UCCACUAAUAUCGUCAUAGCUUAAAAAGUUGCAAUUCACACAAUUGAUUAAUAUGGUUGCCUGGUCGGAAUAUAGAGAAACCCCUAACCAUACCCUGCUAUAACCACUGAUUGAUCACACAAUCAACUGCAUCAAUCUAAUAGAACUGGAUCAGAGAUAAGAAAAAAAAAUUCAAAAAUUUAUUCAAAUCAACCCCACUUUAUAGCUCAGUAGCGGAUGGAUACACAAACUGAAAUGGAUAUGAAAAAUUACUGAAAACAGAAAAUAUAACUUGGGUUUUCAAGAGCAGUGUUAUCAAUGGCGGAUGCCAGAAGGCCAAAAUUCUACCAUAUAAACACGUCAUUGCACCUUAUGGCACCGCCAUGGCGGGCAUCCCUUCACAAAUUGCAUAUGGCAGUUGGCAAAAAAACCGCCACACCAUUCCGCCGUGGCCACUAUUUAACAAUACUGUUUAAGAGACCUGGACUCUCUAUGUCUCUCAAUGAAAUUCUGAUUCAAAUAUCACAUUCCCACUAACUCUCCCCCUUUCCUCCUUAUUAGAAAUUACUGUCUGCUGGACAAUUACAAAGUCUCUCUCUUCCUUAUUUAUUCUGCCUCGCGUGAAAUGGGGGUGUUUGUAUUUUUUAGAUGUAAAAAAAUAUAGGAGUCCUCGCGUGAAAUCAAAAGACCAUAUUUGGAGCAAAACAAGAGUUGCAAUGGCCGCUCAGCCAUUCCGGAAAGCCAUAGCGAAACCACUUUGUUCUUCAUCCACAGCUCCAAUCCCAAACCUCUCUCUCGUAACCUGCAUCACCACAAUCCUUCAAAACAUAAAUCCCCAAAACCCAGAUUACUCACCCCUUAGAGAGUUCUCAUCUCACCUCACCCCAAACUUGGUUAUCCACGUGAUCAAGAACCAAAACAACCCCCAGCACGCCCUUCACUUCUUCAACUGGGCCUCCAACCCCAACCCCAACCCCAACAACUACUCCCACACCCCCCUCUGCUACACCGCCAUCACCGACCUCCUUCUCUCCCACUCCCUCUUCUCCUCCGCCUUCUCCCUCCUCCGCCACUCCAACAGACUCUCCGACAACCUCGUCUGCAGAUUCAUCAACGCUCUCGGCCAACGCGGCGACAUCAGGGGCGCCAUUCACUGGUUCCACCAAGCUAAUACCUUUACUAGAGGACGCUGUGUUUUCUCCUGCAACGCCAUAUUGGGCGUCCUCGUGAGGGCCAACCGUGUCAACAUUGCCAAGGCCAUCUACGAUCAGGUUCUCGCUGAAGCUGUUUUGGAACCGGAUGUUUACACCUACACCACCAUGAUUCGGGGGUUCUGCAAAGUGGGCAAGGUCGAGAGUGCGCGCAAGGUGUUCGAUGAAAUGCGCUGCGAACCCAAUAUAGUUACUUACAACACGUUGAUCCACGGCUUUUGUAAGAAAGGUGACAUGGAUGGUGCCAGGAGGGUUUUUGACAGAAUGGUGGAGAGUCAGAGUUGCAAGCCGGAUGUCGUGAGUUUUACCACUUUGAUUGAUGGGUAUUCGAAGAGGGGUGGAUUCCAAGAGGCGCUGGAGUGCUUGAAGGAGAUGGUGGAACGAGGGUGUUCCCCGAAUGCUGUGACCUACAAUGCUUUGGUUGAAGGUCUUUGUUUGAGCGGUGAAGUGGACGAGGCCCGGAAGAUGAUGAGUAGGAUGCGGUUGAAUGGUUUGAAAGACGAUGUUGCCACAAACACUAGCUUGUUGAAGGGGUUUUGUAUUGUGGGAAAGUCUGAUGAGGCUGUUAAGCAUUUGAGGGAAAUGGUUAGUCGCGGGAUGAAGCCGGAUGUAAAAGCGUAUGGGGUUGUUGUCAAUGAGUAUUGCAAGAUUAGAAAACCAAGUGAAGCAGUGUUGCUUCUGAGGGAAAUGGUGGUGAGGGGUGUUAAGCCAAAUGUGUCAAGCUUCAAUGCAGUGUUUAGAGUUCAUGUGGAUGAGGGGAAGAUUGAUGAAGGACUUCAUCUUUUGAAGCAGAUGCCUAAGAUGGGAUGCUCGCCCAACUUCUUGUCUUAUUGCACAGUGAUAUGUGGUCUUUGUGAAGUGAAGGGUAGGAUGCAACAAGUUGAAGAGCUUGUUUCGAACAUGCUUCAGAAUGGACAUAACCUGGAUGCCACUAUGUAUAAUUGCUUACUUCUGGGAUAUUGUGAAGACAGGGAUGAAGAAAUGGCACAAAAGACGGUUUAUGACAUAAUGGACAAGAACUUUGUAAUCAACCAAGACAUUUUCUGCACUUUUGUGAAGCUGUUGUGUGCAAAGGGAAAAUUGAAAGAGGCAGAGACAGUAUCUGAGGAGAUGCAGAGGAGAUGCCAGUUGAACGGGAAAGCUGAAACAGAGGAACAUUAACGUGCAUGGAAUUCUUGCACAGCUAUAUAGCCCCUACAAACUAUAGGGCAGUGGAGGAUGAUUGAAGAGGGGGUUAAUCCAGCACUGGAAGUUUAAUGUUCAUCGUUUGUAGGGGUUUGGGAUGUAACUCGUUUGGUUGGUGGUAUGAUUAGUAAUUGGGUUUCAAUAUAAGUUCUGAAAAAAUGAAUAUUUGACUGACUUGAAUAGGUCAAUGAUUAAAAUAUGAGUGUUUUCCUUACA